AUGCAAGCCCUCAAUGAUGAGGACGAGAAGACGUGUCUUGUGUACCUGAAGGCGGUGCGCACCUUUGACGAGGCCAACGCCAAGUUCCGGGAGCGCGACCUGCUGUUCCGGUGUCUCCAGAAGCGCUGUCAGACGGGCGCUAUCACCAAGGACGGGCGCAUCGGCGAAAAGUGGCGUCGCUACGACGCCGUCCGCGUAUCGAAGGGAGCCACCACCCUCAUAGCGCCCGCCCGCGUGACCCAGCCCAUCAUUGACCACCCGCUCCUCGAGGACCUGAAGGAUGUCAAUUUGCAAGACCUCGAGGCCUACAGUCGUGCGCGAGAACAGGCGAAACAGUACGAGAAGCUCCCCCCU